AUGGCUGCAGCCACCAAAAUCCCCGCACGAAGCCUCAAUGGUUGCUGGACAUGUCGUGUACGCCGGAAAAAAUGUGAUGAGACUCGCCCAACAUGCAGCCGAUGCAUUUCCUUGGAUCUCGAGUGUCACGGAUACGGUCCGAGGCCGUACUGGAUGGACAAUGGGGCCCUGCAGAAUGAGCAAGCCUCGAAAUUCCGGCAGAUGGUUAGUCAAGCCCGGUCAAGGAAGAGAAGACAGAAGCUCCUUCUGUCCACUCGCCCAGCAGCCCGCGGUAAGGUCUAUCCUUUCUUUAAUGUAGCCCAAGACGAAAUGCAGGGUCUAACCCGAGACAGUAAUGCGGCUGCCCUGAAUAAUAGUACGCUGGCGUGCAGCACCAUGCCUCUCAAUCAGCUCCCCACCCCUGGAGGCACCUCGGUCUUCCCUGAGGAGGACUAUGCCACGUUCUCCAAGCAGUUGGAAUGGUCGCAGAACCCUUCGUCUCCCUCCUCGUCUGUAGAAGGUCUCCUCACCCCAAACGUGCUGGAAAUGCAAGAGCCCGGGAUUGCAUGGGGUGAUAUGGUGACAUCGGACGAUUUUGGCUUGGCCUUGAGUAAAACCGCCCUGUCGGAUCUGGAUGACUUUAUGUGGAGCGCAUCCCUGGAUAGUCCCCACAUACAGAAAGACCCUACUUUGUCUCCUGAUCCGACAAACCUGCAACCGACGUCGGGAAUGCAUAUGCUUGCAGCUGCAACCUGCGGACAGACCAUCUCGUGGCCCAUGACCCCUGUUGACCCAAUUUCGGGAAGCAAGUCCGAGGAUGAGUUACUGAUGCACUACUUGGACCGGGUCUUCUACAUCCAGUAUCCGUUCUACCAUACCCAAGACCGACAAGGAAGAGGCUGGCUUCUCUCACUUUUGCGGCGCAUCGAGCCCGCAUACUAUGCCAGCCUGGCUCUCAGUGAGCUCGACUUGCUCUCGACGUCGCUUCCUCAAAGUGAGCUCCCGGCACGACUGACGCAGCUACGUACCAAAGAUGGCUAUUACGACCUAGCCCUUCAGGGAAUGCAGUGCAUCAUGGCUGACUCGUUCAGCUGGAAUGCACAGAGUCAAUUUACGCGCAAUCUCGAGGGACUCGUUUCAAUACUUCAGCUUUUGUAUUGGGAGAUACUUGCUGGCGGAACCAAGAACUGGCAAUGGCUUCUUCGGCUGGCCGGCAAUCUGAUGCCUGCAUUCAUACAGAUGCAGAUGUCUUCUACAAUUCAUGACGCAUCUGGUCAGGUCUGCCCAAGUUUACCGCUGGACAAUCAGAGCCCGUCCUCCGAAGACGACUGUACUGCGAAACUCCUCCUUGGCUCUUUUGUGUCGUUGGAUAUAAUCGCUUCUGCUUCUACCCGGCGUGCUCCCUUUCUGGAAAUUGAUCAUGUGCAGAUGUUAGACCAUUUCGGGAUUUCUCUAGAAAUUCUAAUGGGGUGUCGGAACUCAAUCAUGGCCCUAAUCUCAGAGGUUUCCGCGCUGGAUCGAUGGAAGAAAGAGGCCGAGGCGGCUCGUAAGCUCAGCAUCAUUGAAUUAGCACAGCGUGGUGGGCAAUUGGAGGAGCACCUACGACGGGAACUCGCCGAUCUCGAGCAAGUGUCCGCUCCAGGGUCACUAUCAGCAUGGGGUUCCUCUGCCACCCCGGGUGGUUCCCGGGCUCACCGCAGCAUUAACAAGGCGUUUGGGCUCGGAGCCAUCGCCUAUCUCCACGUUGUGCUAUCCGGGGCUCAUCCCGAGCUGCCGGAGAUUGCGCAAACUGUUUCCGAAGCCAUUAUUGUGUUCCAGAUGCUUCGCGAUCAGCGACUCCUGUCGAGUGUGGUGUGGCCAUUUUGCAUCGUAGGCUGCUUAGCGCAGCCCGAUCAACGGCCUUCAUUCCGGGAGCUCUUCACGACGGCGGAGGCCACAGUCGGAACACUGGCAGAGGCGUCUCGAGUAAUGGAGGAGUGUUGGCAGGCAAGGAAAGGUCGGACAUCAGAUUGCGAUUGGGUUUCGGUGAUGAAUGAGCGCGGAGAUUAUGUGCUGCUUCGAUAG